CCCAGCCUCCAUGCCGCCUCUCCUGCUGGUCACCCUCUUUCUUCUCUCCUCCUGCUCCUCAGCAGGAGGAAGCAGCCCCCUCAGUGAAGGCCUGUGGUUGCUGAAGACCGAGUUUGCCCUUCACCUCUACCGGAGUGCAGCAGCAGAGAGGAACGGGACGAAUUUUGUCAUCUCCCCCGCCAGUGUGUCCCUCUCCCUGGAGAUCCUGCAGUUUGGAGCCCGGGGAAACACUGGCUGGCAGCUGGCGAGUGCCCUGGGGUAUACCGUGCAAGACCCGCGAGUGAGAGCGUUCCUGCACGCUGUUUAUACCACACUGCACAGCUCCAGUCAGGGCAUCGGGAUGGAGCUGGCCUGCACCCUUUUCAUGCAAACCGGAACGUCUCUGUCCCCCUGCUUUGUGGAGCAGGUCUCCUGGUGGGCCAACAGCAGUCUGGAGCCAGCCAACUUUAGUGAGCCCAACAGCACCACCCUGGAGGUCUCUAAAGGCACAGCCAGACAGAGCACAGGUGAGGGUCCAGGUAGCCCACUGUGGGGACGGGCUGGUGCCCUGUCUACUCAGCUCUCCAUCAUGAGCACCAUGACCUUCCAAAGUACCUGGCAGAGGAGAUUCUCUUCCCUAGCCUCGCAGUCCCUGCCUUUCACCUGCGCCCAUGGCCUCAUCCUUCAAGUCCCAGGGAUGCACCAAGUGGCAGAGGUCAGUUACGGUCAGUUCCAGGAUGCUGCAGGCCAUAAAGUAGAUGUUCUAGAGCUGUUGUACCUGGGAAGGGUGGCCAGUUUGUUCCUGGUGCUUCCGAAAGACAAGGAUACCCCUCUGGACCUCAUUGAACCACACCUCACAGCCAGAGUCAUCCAUCUCUGGGCCACCAGGCUGAAGAGAACCAGGAUGGAUGUGUUCCUCCCCAGGUUUCGGAUCCAAAAUCAGUUUGACUUAAAAAGCAUUUUAAGAUCAUGGGGUAUCACUGAUCUUUUUGACCCACUCAAAGCUAACUUGAAAGGAAUUUCAGGACAAGAUGACUUUUAUGUUUCUGAAGCAACCCACAAGGCCAAGAUGGAGCUUUCAGAGGAGGGCACCAAGUCAUCGGCAGCCACAGCCGUGGUGCUGCUGAGGAGGUCCCGGACUCCUGCUUUUAAAGCAGAUCGGCCCUUCAUCUUUCUUCUGAGAGAACAUAGCACAGGUACUGACUCUUAAAAUUUGGAUUCAGACAUUUAUCUUCAUCUCUCUAGCAACCUAAUUUUACUUAACCACUACAAUCUCAAAUAAGUAUUUCUUCUAGCUCUUUCUAUGGUGUUUUACUAGCUGCUGCUGUCUUACACCCUGAGAAAGGAAAUUAUUUCAUAGUACAAAGGAACCUCUUCCUGGCUUUUACCUUUCCAUUCUAUUUAUUUGUAGCUAAUGCUGACCUUUUUUAGAUGAGUCCAUUUCUGCUCUAGAGACUUAAAAAGCUAUGAAAACACAAGUCAAUCAAAUCUUGCCUUUCUUGUUGCUGUCAUAUCAUUUUAGAAAAGACAGUUUUUCCAGGCCAAGAUACAUCACAGAAAUCACCUAGAGACUCUAGUAUUUUAGCAAUGCACAGAUUUCUAUGCUGUUUGCUGGCCUUUCUCAAAAACCAAAUACUUAUCAUAGUACUUUCCCAAGCCACUACAGAGAGAGAAGACUCAAUGCAAAGAUGGCAGGCACAGGUUAGUCUAGCUAGCACAACAGGACAAGCAGAUGCCCCUAAAGUCCAGCAAGAUUCAAAAUAGUCUUUCAACUAUUUUUUCCCUUAAUUGUUCUCCCAACAAUUAUUGGCCUCAAAAGGAAGCAAUUCUCAGUAAAGAGUUGUUGGCAAUUCUCAGUAGUGUUUAAAACAACAGUAUGGAACAAGAUUAAUAAAAUUAAGCCAAGGUGGAUCUACUUUAACUAAACAUCAGGCAGUACUUUUAUUUGUGGAAAGAAAAAAAAAAAUACCGAAAGUUUGAAUGAAACUUAGUAUAGUUUAACAUAGACCGUUAAAAGGAGAAAUACUGUCAACAUCAUUUUAUCUGAGAAUCAUUUGUAUACUGCCAUAACUUGUGCUAAAAAUCAAAGGAACAUUUCAUGACAAAAAGGAUGUAGCUAGUCAUUCCCUAGAAAAUAAUCUACGUGGGGAUCAUUUGGGAAGAGUGUUCAUAACAGACAAUGUCCAUUUAGUAUUCACCAUGACCACUCCAACACCAGCGACUGCCGACUAGACAAACAUGAUCACUUAGAGCAGGCAGCAGAGAGUAUGUCAAAAAAAAAAAA